UAGAUACUAUACGACAGAUAACAUAACAUUCAGUAUGUGCGUAAACAAUCGACCGUACGAUUGUGUUUUCCGUGCAAUUCUCUACACACGGCAAUGUGGUACAACAUAGGAUUGUUCGCGAUAGUGUGCUUACUCACGUAUUUCUUAAAGAAGAUAUUCUCCAGUGAACCGAAUAAUGUGAAGUUCCAAUUCCAGUUCUUCAUAUUCUACUUUCUGACGUCUGUCGUGGCCGCCCUCAUAUGGCCAUUAUUCUUGUUGAACCCGAAGGACGUAAGGAAUGCUAAAAAAGCAGCAAGUAUACUGAAGCAUAUCACAAAGAUAUACGAUUUGAGAUGGGAACUCAGAAAUGGACACAUUUUGGAGGAAGAGCGAGGUGCUAUAGUUGUUUCAAAUCACCAGUCGACCAUUGAUAUUUUGGGCCUGUUCAACAUUUGGGAACUGGUGGACAAGAUGACAGUGAUCGCGAAGAAGGAGAUAUUCUAUGUGUGGCCCUUCGGCCUGUCAGCCUACCUCGCCGGAGUGGUCUUCAUCAACAGACGGAAUGCAAAAGAUGCAUACAAUCAACUUAAAGAGACCUCUGACGUCAUGAUUAAGAAAAAGACGAAGAUCUAGGUGUUCCCUGAAGGAACGAGGAAUAAGGACUACACGAAGCUGCUGCCAUUCAAGAAGGGCGCCUUUUCGAUGGCUGUGAGCAGUCAGAUGCCCAUCAUACCUGUGUUGUUCUCGCCUUACUACUUUAUCAAUAGGAAGAAACAUAUUUUCAGUAAUGGUCACGUGGUGAUCAACUGCCUGGAGCCGGUACCGACGACGGGUCUCACCCUGGACGAUGUGCCAGAGCUGAUGAGCCGGGUCUACGACCUCAUGCAGGCGGAAUACAUGAAGCUCUCCAAAGAAGUCUUAGAGGCACUGCCUAAGGACUACCCGCAUACCUCAGUAGGAUAGGCAGCUACCCUAACAUUUUAGUGUCUAAUUAUAAGGAAGGAAGGAGCGAGAUUCUGUGAAAACGGGAUAACGCUAGGGAGAUUAUGAGUGUUUUAUUUUAAGGUGUAAAUAAAGUAUCACCAGUCAAGAAAAUGUUUACAAGUUUUCUAAUCAUUAUGUAAGUAGAGUAAUAAAUAUUUUAUUUCCUGCGUAUACAACGUGUCACAGCUAGGGAAUGCAAUCCCGACUUGAGAUCGCAAAUUCCAGAUCCCGCGGGAUUGGAAAUAUUGAUCUCGCGAGUUCCAGAAAUAUUCAGGAUAUCGUCUAGUUCAUAAAAUAAAAUGUAAAUUCAACAUGGCUGAAAACGAUGAAAACUACUUGAUUGUGAUAGUGAGGUUAAUUAAAAGAAAACAAGAACCUUUAUUCUAUAAUUCUUCAACAUUACUAAUUAAAUAAUUAAGUUUUCUUUGGAAAUCAGCAGAAUUUUUUUAAACAAAAAGUAUAACUCAAGGUGAUUCGCCCAAUCCCGUCAAUCUCGAAUGGGAUCUCGUCAUAUUAUGCUUCGUGAUCCCGAAAAAAUAUUCGAGAUCUCGCGAGAUCGCGAUUGCGUUGCCUAGUCACAGCGUGUGUCAGUUUAUUUUACAAUUUUUUGUUACGGUUUUAUAACGAUUUUUGUCAUAGACUGAUUUAAGGCUCUACGUACAUUGUCAGAGUCUGAACAAAAACUUAUCCCUCGACCUACAAACACGUUAACGAUGUAAGUAAAUAUUUUAAAAAUCUUGCAAUUCCGUUUACAAAUUGGCGUUUUAAGUACGUACUCAAGUUACAUUGUAUUAUUUAGUUUCUGAAACAGUAUUUAGGUAUGUAGAAUGAAACACAGGUACCUACAUUGUGAAAUUCAUUGUUCCCUGACCUAUUUAGUAGCAAACAUGUUACCUACUUAACGUUGUUUAGGUCAAGUGAAUACUUCACUGAUGGAGAUUAACUUACUUAAUUAUUAUUUAAUUAGGUACCUACCUACCUAUGUUUUGAACAAAUCAACGUCGAGUGGAAAAUGGUGUAGGUAAGAAAAAUUUAAAGAAAAAGAAAAAUGUUUUCAAAAUUAUGAAGAUAAUCAUUUAUUGAUAUAAUUUGUAAAAAAAAAAUAUUUUAACAGAGAUACGGCACCGUACCUAUCUAUACAAGAUAUUGAAUGAGAUUACUUUUUGGGUUUACGAUGAUACCCACGGACGCACCUCGCAUGCAACGUGAGUUGCGGAUGAAGAUAGCAUCAGAUACUUAGGCAGUUUUUAUGUUAUCAAAAAUAAAUUUGAUAAGACAUUUUGAUAACUUCCGAUAAUAAACCCACAUUUUAUCGAGACCACUAUCGGAAAUAAAUAGGUACUUACUUUAAUACUUGAUUGAACUAUGAUUGUGCGACUGACUUAACAAUUUGGAUUUAAAAAAUAAUAUAUGUAUAGGUAGGUAUUUAGUAUAAAAACAUUGUCUACGAUCGAUACUAAAAUACAUGUACAUACAACUCAAGAGGAUGACUUGCAAUUCUGUAAAACUUGUUUUAUAUAAAAAUAUUUUUACGUAAUACCUACCGCUUUUUAUUAUCCACUGAAAAUCCUAUCAAUUCAUUUUAGGGUGACUUAAUGUGUAGUACCUAUUAGUUAUCUUAAUACAACAGCCACGAUCGAUAUCCAUCUGCUAUCAAUUUAUCAUUGCGUAGGUAAGUAGGUAGGUGUAUAAUUUUAAAAUCAACAUUCCCACUGAGUCAACUCAGUGAGUCACGAAAAAAUACACUCGCUACACGAGGAUUGAUGCCCGAAUCUUGCAAACUUUAAUACCACGCACAUGCGCAUACCGACACAGAGGGGCCGGCCAGAGGUAGGUGUACCAUCCGCAAAUAAACCCAUCCAUUUCUAAAGAAAUUCUAAUAAUUAACUUCAUACCUACCUACCUACUAGAACAAUCCACCUUCUUUUCUGGACGAUUCUCCUAUAGGAUAUCAAACCAAUCACGGAUGUAGGUACCUACUUACCUAUAGAUACUUAGAUAGACGACAUCCACAAGUUGAUGUCGAGAAAGGGUAGGUUAGGUAGUGCCCUGACCUUGCGCUUCGCCUUGCUCAUCUUGGCGGGGGCACUCCCGCGUCUCCAGAUAUGCUAACCAGCACAUCACAAGUAUCUAUCUCAUAGGACUGUGUAUCAAAAGUGACUACAAGUUGUCUUUUGGUAUUACUUGUAGCUCUGUCUACUCGGUUUGGAAUCACAAGCCGAGCCGGUUUAGAACUUCCAAUUUGUUUUGCACAUCGUACGACGCCGGCAGUUGUGAAAACACAUUACAUUGACGUUUCGUUAUGACGUCACAAAUUCACAAUUCGCGUCACAGUUCGGUCGGUACAAUUGACAGCUGCGUGCUGAAGUUAGCAACGCAUCGCCGUCAAUUGCGGGCGCAUUAUUGAUAUAUUAUAUACCUACCCUUAGUACCUACCGGUUGAUUGCUCCCGUUUUAUUGUUUAUAAUUGUUUGCUCAAGAUAUCUUGUCUAGGGACGCCGAAUUAGCUUCUUCUAUACAAUAAAACCUCAGUUAGUUAUGUGUUAGUUAUAAAGUCUAAAUCCAAGAAGUGACAAAAUAGCUAUAAGCGCCUGUUGAAUCAUGAUGUGGGAUAAAAUUAUUUAUAUUUUCAUGAUUAUUAUAACAACAUACAUCGUUAAGCAAUUGUUCUCGGAAACGCCGAAUUUUAUUAAGUUUAAAUCAAAGUUCCUCGUGUUUUAUAUAUGGACUUCUCUCACUGCUCUAAUACUACUGCCAUUCUUCGUCUUCAACCCAAAAAAUGUGAAGAAUUCAUUGUUCGCUUCCCAAAUAGUAAAACAUGUAACUAAAAUAAUAGAAGUGAAAUGGAGUUUACGGAACGGAAAGUACUUAGCAGAGGACAGAGGGGCCGUGGUAGUCUCCAACCACCAGUCCUCCAUUGAUAUUCUAGGUAUGUUCAAUAUCUGGCAUGUGGCCGACAAGGUGGCAGCUAUAGCCAGGAAAGAAAUAUUCUAUGUAUGGCCAUUUGGUCUAGCAGCAUACCUUGCUGGGGUCGUCUUCAUAGACAGAAACAAUUCCAAAGAUGCUUACAAGCAACUCAAAGUCACUUCAGAAGUGAUGAUCAAAAAUAAGACAAAAAUCUGGCUGUUCCCUGAAGGAACGAGGAACAAGGACUUCACAAAGUUGCUGCCGUUCAAGAAGGGAGCAUUCAACAUAGCCGUGGCUGCUCAAGUGCCCAUCAUCCCUGUGGUGUUCUCACCAUACUACUUCAUCAACAGGAACAAAUACAUAUUCAACAAAGGUCACGCAAUAAUUCAGUGUUUGGAACCUAUACCGACUGAAGGCUUAACCAUGGACGAUGUACCGGCGCUCAUCGAGCGAGUACGAGGCAUUAUGGAUGCGGCAUACAAGGAACUCUCCAAGGAAGUGCUCAGCGCCCUUCCCAAUAACUACCCUCUAUGCACCACCGACUGAUCAACCCACCUCCGCUCAAAGGUAUAAAAUAGAUUAAUUUUCCGUGAGAAAAUCACUCCAUGAUGUUAUCGUAGUUGAAAUAAGGAAUACCAGCUAUAAUUUUGUGUUGGUGCAUACCAUCUCUACCCACUAGUAUUUACCAAGCAUACAACUGAUAGUAUGCCAUGUAAGUUUCAUUUUGUGUAUGAACUAGUAGUAUUGAAACGAUAGACAGAAGCAACAUUUCUCGAAAUGUUGAAGUUAACAAAGUAUUACACAAAAAUGGGGAUCCUCGUGAUUUUACUGUUUUCUUAUUACAGGAUCUCAUUUAGAAACUGAAAAUGCCAUUAUUCCUAGUAUUAGCUUUAUUACGUAUACUUAGUUUAAAUUUAAUUUUUAAAAUGUGCAAUCGAUACUUGUAACCACUAUUUUUUUACGAAUACGAACCCAGUGUCAAAAUUACGAAUAAUAGUUUAGUUUUAAUACAGUGUAAUCAACUGCUUUAUUAUCUUUAAAACAUUUUUAACACAAGAUAAGAUAUAAACUUAUAAAUUUACCUAAAUAAUUAUUAAGAAGUAUAAAAUUAAUUUAAAGUUUGAGUACUUAGACCAACACGGGGGAAGGAGUAGUCAUACACAGGCGUUACCCUCUGCCAAAGUGUAGCUCAUUUGUGCAUUCGAAAACUAGUUUAGUAUCCUAGCGACUGAUCUAGUCACCGAACGAUAAUGCUUACCAAUUUUUUGAUAGUUAUCGAUAGAAAUGUCAUAGAUAUCAAUAUUAUUUUUUAUAAUUUAAAAAAUAAUAUUUCCUUAAAAGUAAUAAUUGUACCCAGCAGUGCGAUGGUGUGGGCUGAUUGAUGAUGAUGUAAGUAAUUCAUCCUAUAUUGAUAAGAAAACCUUCAUAUUUUAAACCUAAUUUCCCUAAACGACUUUUCGAGUUUAUCGAUAUAUGCUUCUAUCGACAAUUGGUACUACCACAAAGCGAAGUGUGAAAAUGUGGCAGAAAUUUUUAUAUCAUUUGCUAUGGCUACUCCUCUCUGGGCCGCCAGAGGCCGGUGUUGUUUCUAAGUUUGAGUUAUGCUAUCAAAAAAUGAUAAAAAUCAUUCAAUUACUUACCACAACUUUGGGCAUCUAAUGCAAAUUGUGAUGAAUGGAGUAACAAAAAUGACUUGUAAGAAGGGUGAUUCCUUAUUUAGGGUUUUAACCCCUUAGAACCCGUCAAAGUAGUCCCCUAUGCCUGACAUCCAAAACCAUAUUUUUUCUUGCAUUAACAUAUAAUGCUCUAAAGCUCAACUACUACUGUACUAUUCACUCAGACUAAUAUGUAUACUCAGAUGUGAUAGGCUAUGUCAGCAUACUAAACAUUUUGGUUUGAACCAAAAUGAAUACAUUUAUUUAUGUGUUAUUUAUUUGUGAGAUAUCGCAAGAUUUACCUGUCUUGGUUGUUAUUCCAGCAGUGGUAAGAAUGAUUGCUUGUUUCAAUGAAACUCUUUUUCUUAACUUUUCACCUAUCGAAUGAAGAAGUGGAACUAAAGGGAUUUCAUCAUUUUAAAUAACUCAGUAUUACUGUAUAUCACAUAAGAGGCUCGAAGGCACACUUGUUUGAUAAUAUGCAUGCUGUGUCCAUUCAUUGUGUUGUGCUGUUGAAGUUCUUGUGUCGUGUUUGGAGAUAAUUAGUUAUGACUGGCUCUGUACCGCAAUUAAUAUAGACUUUUAUCGCUCUUUAGGGAUAGUGAACCUUUAUAUUAGCAGACCUAUUUAGUUGUUUCAUAAAAUAUUCCAAUUUGACUUACGUUACUUAUUUUAUAUUGUUUGAAAAUCUAUUUUCUAGGUUCAAUCUUUACCAUUGGACUAUCCACCGAUUAUUUUAAUUUAACCGAUCAAAAUUAUAUUUUAUGUUAAGUAUUUUCUCGUAAACCUUGACGUUGGCAGAAUCGUCGUUUCUGAACAAUGCAGCCACAAACAAGAAAAUAGAAUAGAAUAAACAAAAAAGCAUUCGAGGCUAUAUGAGCUAAAGUCAUUGAAGAAAUCAUUCAUAUUUCUUGAUGUUUGUGUGCUAAUAUUAUUAGCACCUGCAUGCCAUUGGUCACUAUCCCAGCCAUAUACUAUACCAGUUUAUACAGUUUCAGUGGUUAAGAAUAGUCAUUUUAUUUUUAUAUGUCAAUAUUUUAUUUAGGUAACGUAACAUAUUAUAUCGGUCUGUACACUUAACAUAACACACAAGUAUUCGCUUAUACCAAAACAUUUUUAGAUAAAAUAUCUCAUUUAGUAUAAUUCGGUCGUUUUUCUAUAAGUUCCAAGUUAAGGCAAUCCGUGACAGCCUUAUUCGGAGAAAGUGAGGCUUAUAUUGUAGUAACAUGGUGCCAGUGAGUUUGAAUUCAAGACAUUCAAGUUUGGAUCAUAUACAGUUGAUAUCACGUACUUUCUAGGAUUUAUACUCGAUUAAUGGCAAUAGGCUCGCCCCCUAUUACAUGGGACUUAAACGUAGCUUAUGUUAUGUUUGUAUAGGUUAUUUGUGUCUCAACAAAGUUGAGCUAGCUGCGCAAAUAAUGUGCGCGGAAAACUACGAGAAAAACAUUCCAUUGAAAACUGCGUACAAUAUAUUCCAAAAGACUUUACCGUUAUACUCAAUAAGAGAUGUAGUAAACUUCCAACCGGUCGUUACACAUAAGUAAGCAGCGAAUUCAACAACAAAAUUUAGUUAAAUAAACACUGUAGAAUAAUCAAAUAAUUGGUCAAAGUCAAAACUGUUAUGAAAAGUUCUCACUCACUAUUUAACGCAGCGAUCACAUCAUUUAGAAUAUGAUAUUGUGAUGAUUAAAAAUGACAGCAAGACAGUGAUAUCGCCAUCGCCUAAAGCGAAAGAGACGAAAGAUAGGAUAUGAUAUAGAGUCGUAUUAGUUCUUGCCUAAGGUAAGUUUGUUAAUAGCUGACGAUUAUUUUAAAUGCUUACUAAAUUAUAUUAUCUGACGCGGACGGGUGGUCUUUUAGAAGCUAGACAGCGGCGUCAGUUUAGAACUGGCUGGCAGUAGCCUUCAAUAACUACCGUUUCAGUUCCUUCAUAAAAGAGCUAAGUAGCAAAUGAUUAUAUUCAAUAUUUGAGGAAUAUGGAGAUGCUGAUAUUAUCCUUCGUUCUCUUAAUAUUAUAUUCUCAAAAUAUUACAUUCGCAAAACAUUACAUUCGCAAAAUAUUAUAUUCUCAAUAUAUUAUCUUUUGUAUAAUGAAGUACAAAAGUAUUAUUCAUAAAAAGUAGAUAAACAUUAUUACUUUACAUAUUGCACGACAAUUAAAAAAAUAAAAUUGCUUUAUUUCAGAUUACUAUGAUCCAUAAUUUACAUAAUAACAUUAAAUCAAUUAUAAUAUAAAACCGUGAUCACAAAAUAGGUACAUACAUUUUUUUUAAUUAGUAUAUUUAUAUUAAUACCUUCUCACCGGUAGUAACUAUGUGCCCCAGAUACUUAAACUGGCUUUUCCAUGUUAAACCGUGGCCACCUGCAUACUUCUCACAAACCCGCAUCAGUCUUCUCAAGCCGCAGAUCGCUAUAGAAAGUUAAUUGAAUUUUUUCGUUACUAGAGAAUGAUUAUUUUUACAUAUUUUCUGUUUCAUUGUACAGGUAAUAUUUUGAGAAUAUAAUAUUUUGCGAACGUAAUGUUUUGCGAAUGUAAUAUUUUGAGAAUAUAAUAUUAUGAGAACGAAGGGAUAUUAUAACUGCAAGUUUGAAGGACUUUAGCCUUUUUUGAAAUAUGAAGCGAGUUAAGGACAAACUAAAUUUGAAUUUGGCUGUGAUCACAAGUUACCUAAUUAACUCGUGUAAAUUAGGUACGUCAUGUCACGAUAGUGAAGAAAAAAAAUACUUGAAAAUUUGUUUACAUGGUGCCAUAAAAAAACUCACUAGCUCAAUAUAACGAUACUGACGACCUGUAAAUAACUUUUUUUAAUAGUCCAAAAUCACAGAGGACUAGUGAUGUGCUCGAAAAUAUACAUAAGUACGCUUUACUUUAAACAUACCUACGCACUUAACUAUGAACGCAUUUUUAUACAAUAUUGUUUUAAUUAUUUUAUACAUGCGCGGGUUCCAACUUUCACUGUGUUUUUAUAUAUUAUUGUAAUAUUACUAUUAUUUUUUUAAUCUCUCAUAUUUCGUUUGUAAUAAAGUGAAUUGUUGCAUAAUAUGAUGCGCAGUGUUGAUGAUGUAAAUAGAAUAUAUAUAGUAAUGAAAAAAUACAAUACUUUCUAUGUAUAAAGAACUAUCUGAAUGUUAGAAACUGUAAAUAAACAUUGUAAAUGAACUUUAUAUGUACAGCCAGUGAGUCAACUAUCAGUUGGCAAUUUUAAAAAUAUAGAAGUGAAUGUUGUAACAUGACAGAAAGAAAAUCAACAAGAAUUUUCUGUCCUUUUUUGCCAAGUUAUAGUAGAUGCACUAUAAUAUAAAAUCCAUCACAUACAGUAAGAGAUGCUGCAGUAUCAUAUAUUUUUAUUAUGUGGCCUCUCCAUACUCUUUCCUCAAAUUAAAAUAUUACGUAAUUUCAGUGUGUGAUGGAUAUAAAAUGGCAACUUUUACUUGAGUCCUCGAUGUUAUCUGACUAUGCAUGCAUGUUUAAGGAUACAGUAGAUAUACAGAUCAGUUUGUAAUCGUGUUGUAUACUCUGUAACCACCAAAAAUGUCUAUUCAUUUAUAUUGUGAUAUAUUAAAUGUAGAAAAUGUAUUCUUGUGAAUGUUCUAUAUUCGAGACAAUGACAUAUAAAAUGUGGAAUAUUUUUUCAUAUUUACAUGACGAAGUCUUUUAAUAAAAUAUGUCACAGGGUA